CAAUCAUCUUUAUUUUCUCCAAUCUUUAGUUUUACAUACAAACACGUUAUCGCAAGCAAAUCAAUACCUUUACAGCUGCAAAAUGCAAUAUAUCUCGGUUCGUGCGAUUAUCUCGACGAUGUGACCCGGUUCUCUCGAGACACCGAGUAUCGGGGAGGGAGACUCAUCGCCGCGACUCGAAGGGUAAAGCCAAGAGACAAAUAGGACCAUGUAGGCUAUGCUGUCGAGCAGUCCACCCGUUGGCAGGCGCGCGCCUGGAAGGCAGUCAGGCUCCGGCUUGGCGAGUGGGGGCGGCGGGUGAAGAACGCCAGUCGAACAAGUUCAGCGGGAAUAUCGAUUCAGUCUCGCGCAAACCACCCCACACAUGCUGCCGUGGUCGCUGCAGCAGCAGCAGCGCGCUCGAAGCUUCGUUUUGCCAUGUCUAUCGCCGCCACCGCUGACGGCGGAUACGUAAACAGAAACGCACGGCCAGCUGCGAAGAGCAUUGUCGACGCGUAGUGUCGGCCCUAAUCUUCGCCGAGGAAGCACGAGCGAGCUCGGCGACGAUCGGAGUCGUCGCGUCGCGUCGCGUCGCGUCGUGUCGCGUCGCGUCACCGGCCCGGAAAUCCCGCAGAAACGCGCGUCGUGGCGGAUGUGCCGCGCCGAUCGCGAUUAUUGAUUCUCGCCUGACGUGUUUCUUCCUCUUGCUGCUUUUUCUUCUCCCUUUCUGGAGCCUCGAUAGGAUCAUCGCACACGGCGACGCAACGCGCUGAGCAACGGCAGAGGAAGAGGAGGAAGAGAAAAAGGAGAGACAGCGACGCGAACCGCGCGCACUGCCAACCCCUCGAUCGCCACCCCGUCGCCUCGUCCACCCUUGCCCAGCGUCGGGAGUGCGUCGUGCGAGAGCGGGAAGCGCCGACGAGUAUCGUCUCCGCCUCCGCCUCCGCCACCGCCGCCGCCGCCGCCGCCGCCGCCGCCGCCGCUGUCGGCGCACGGCGUUAUUCACUCGAGGGAGACUCACUGGUCGCUGGUCCGGCUAGUCCAUCACCCCGCAUUCACCAUCGUCGCGGCCACCGGCCGUCGAAUAUGACGCGGCCUCAUCGCCCGCAGACCCAGCCGUGCUACUCUUGACUACGAAUCGACGCGGCGGACUGAGACACGGUGACGACGAGUGCGUGUGCCACAUCGAGACAUGUCUUCGAUAUCAGCGCAGGGCGUCGUCGAGCGUGCCAGCGCCGAACUGACCAAGCGGAUCAACGGUUUGGGAUUACGGACGUCCAAGCAUCAUGGCGGCGGGAAGACUAGCGUUAUGGAGCGCGUGACGAACGUCUUCUGCGGCAGUGGCAGUGUCGCCUACAUGAAUUUGCAGAGCGCGAACAAUGCGAAUGCAACGCCGGAGAAGCCCAGCCGGAGCGCCGCGCAGACUAUUAACAAUAUGCCGGCGAGCAACAAGAGCUUGAACAAUGUCACCCCUAGCAGAGGCAGGAUACCUAGGAACAGGAUAAAGAACGUGCCUCUGGCCAGCGGCGGCACCGGCGGCUAUGUCGCGCCGAGCACGUGGGAGCAGCUGAUGCAGGACGAGAACUUCCUCGGGCGAUUUUUUCUCUUCUUCAACGCAACGGAGAGAAGGAUCUUGGCUCAGGUUUGCACCAAGUGGAGGGACGUUCUGUACGCGAGACCGCGUCUCUGGACGGGAUUGGUGCCGGUGGUGAGAUGCCGCGAAGCCCGCGCUAUGCAGCCCAGCUCGCGCACCCGACUCUACGCUUCCUUAGUAAGAAGAGGUUUCCACUCGUUAGUCCUCUCGGGCGCAGCGGAUGAAGACAUCCCGGAGUUGACGCACGGUUUCCCCUUGGCACAGCGAUAUGUGCACUCCUUGUCGUUGCGGUGCUGCGCGGUGACCGACCGGGGCCUUGAGGCUCUCUUGGAUCACUUGCAGGCUUUGUACGAGCUUGAAUUGGCCGGCUGUAACGAGAUAACAGAAGCCGGUCUGUGGGCUUGCCUCACCCCCAGAAUAGUGUCGUUGUCCCUGUCGGAUUGCAUCAACGUCGCCGACGAGGCGGUCGGUGCGGUCGCCCAGCUAUUGCCGAGUCUCUACGAAUUCUCCCUGCAGGCUUAUCACGUCACUGAUGCUGCGCUUGGUUACUUCAGUGCCAAACAGAGUAGCGCGCUUAGCAUCCUGAGACUCCAGUCCUGCUGGGAACUCACAAAUCAUGGUGUAGUAAAUAUUGUACAUUCCUUGCCCAAUCUGACUGUGCUAUCGCUUUCUGGAUGCAGUAAAGUAACGGAUGACGGCGUUGAAUUAAUCGCGGAAAACUUGCCAAGACUUCGUUCCUUAGAUCUGAGCUGGUGCUCAAGGAUUACAGACGCAGCCUUAGAAUAUAUUGCCUGUGAUUUGAAUAGCUUAGAAGAACUCACAUUAGAUAGGUGUGUACACAUCACGGAUAUUGGCGUCGGCUACAUCUCCACGAUGGUCUCGCUGAGCGCCUUGUUCCUGAGGUGGUGUUCGCAACUUAGAGAUUUCGGACUUCAACAUCUGUGCGUCAUGAGAUCUCUGCAGGUGCUGUCCGUGGCAGGUUGCCCGUUGCUCACAAGUGGUGGUUUAUCUAGUCUGAUACAGCUUCGACACUUACACGAGCUAGAGCUAACUAAUUGUCCAGGAACAUCGCGAGAACUGUUUGAUUACUUGCGUGAACAUCUGCCGCGUUGCCUAAUCAUCGAAUAAACGAUGUUUAAUGAGAUUACAAUAUCGGCGAAAUAAGAUCCCUUUAUAUUCGAACAGAGAUGUGUGUAUGUGUGUGCGUGUGUGAGUGUGUGUGUGUCUGUAUGCAUGUGUGGAGUGACAGAAGACGAAGAGUAUUAAACUGUACGAAUAAGCGGGUUUCUUGAACGCGGGAAGCGAUAUAUUUCGAACGAACAGACGAGCGGAGCGGAGCGUAUACAGAUAAAAAGCAAUUUACGUCCAUGUAACGAAAGAACACUAUGUUUUCCUCGUAAUGGUCUAAGGAAACACUAGCCCUCGAACGUGCAAGAUAAUACGAUUAAUAACGCAUAGACAUUUUUAAUAUACUAACGUCCCGUGCACUUCCGUUCCUAUUUUUUCAUUCUGCCACGCAAUCACGUCGAGACGGGUGAACGAGCGAGCGAGCGAGCGAGCGAGCGAGCAAACGAGCGAACGAACGAACGAACGAACGAACGAACGAAGUAGAAAGGAGACUCACGCCCCGUUCUAAUGAUCUUGUAUAGAGAAUUGAAUUCGAUAUUGUACAUUAGAAGAGAUUGAUAGAGCGCGCGCAUCAGAAAGAAGAGAUCGGUGACUUGUGGGUCCUUCUUUUUGCCUCCUAAUAGUAUAGAAAGUCCGAGUAAGCAUACGGCAAGAAACUCACAACAGUUAGAACUGUGAUAAAUUUAUAUUGUACGUAAUUCUCUAAUUGGUUCGCUCUAAUAGGUGCUUCAACGUCAUCGGCUGCAUUCGGCGGGCAGAACAAGCGUACGAGGCGAUUGAGGAGAGUAUAGUGGCAAUCGGUUUUAUACGGUUGGGAAUAUGUAUUUACGAGCGUAUGUAACCGAUUAUAUUCAAUUCAGCGCCGCCCGAUCGUUGUCUCCGCCGCACGCGCACCGACCGACGCGCGCGCAUUAUCCCAUUAUUUGCCGAUUAUAGCUGCAACACAGUACGCAUGUUGCUUGAAAGUAAGUAUUUAGCGGGUAUCGAUUACACGAACAGAAGCUGCUAACAUUCCAAGCCACAUUACUCAGCAUCCCUAUUCAUGAACACAUGAUUCGUGUUGUUUGUUUGACGAUGCAUAUUGUAGACGGGGAACGCGUUUCAAUUGUCGCAUCCACGAUACCUGGGAACAUCGUCAUCCAUGUGUUACCUUUAUAUAGUAUAUCCUCGUGCAAUCAGUGUUCUCUAAAUUUAGAACUUUUCGCUAGCUAUGUAUUCUUUGUGGUUUUCCCGAUUAAGUAUAUACAUAUACAUAUGAAUAUAAAUAUAUAUUAAUGUAAUAUAUAAAUAUAGAAGGAAUAUUUCGCGUGUUUCAAGUGGAUAAUGACGAUUUUAAUAACUUAUUACGUCAUCGAUACGUGUGUCGUAUAUGCCUUAUCGGUAUUGGCAUAUUAAAUCGAAUAAGUAUUUACCUAUUAUUAUUUGUACGACUAAGCAAGCGCGUCGUAUUAAUCGAUUUAAUCGAACGUUUGAGUUUCGCAUUAUAUGAGAUUAUCACGACCAACAGGAUACCAAAAGGAUGUGUCUUUCUUAAGUUCAUUCGCGCAAGGAACUCACUCGCAACUUUCGAUGCGAUACAAUACACACAUUGUGCGCCGUUCGUUAUUAGGAUAAUAUCCAUCUUUGAUAUUUAGGCCAGAACGCCGUACCCUUCAUGUGAUAUAUUGACUAUUAUUAUUGUAGCAAUAAUUCUAAUUUAUUAUUCUGUUAAAGCCUUAGUUAUAAACUAUCAACAAACAGUCUAUCUCUUUCUCAAUGCAGUUUGAUAUUCACAAGCAAAUAUAAUUUAUACGUGUUGUCACAUGUUUAGCACAUAUAACACCUUUGUAUAUAUUGUACAAAUUAUACCCGAUAAUUCUGUUAUGAAUCAAAACCGAGCGUAAAUAUAUCCGCACAGGCAAAGUUGCAUCAGAAAGUGGAGUCACAUUGUGAGAUACUAUGAUCACAGACGCAACAUUUAAUGACGACACACGAUAAUAUGAUGGAAUGUGCUGUGAAAUAAAAAUUUAUUGACCAAAC